CGCGCGAAAUUGUUUUUAUUUUGUCACAUUUCGCACGAUACGUGCUGUCAUUUGUAGCACGACUGUCGUGCAAUUUCGCGGUGGGAAAGUUUUGGUGUGUUUAGUAAAUGUAACAAACAAGUUAUUUACUGUGUUAAAGUAGCAUUAGACGGAGAAAAAUGUUUCUAAUUUUGAGAAUAACAACGCUUAGAAAAAUUCAAUGCAAGUGACGAAGAACGAUUUCUAAAACAAAAUUUUAAUAUAGACUCUAAGAAGAGCAUAAGCAAAAUGAAAUUGGUCAGCAAGAAUGUGGACAAGGGCAUGCAAGGGACUGUCGUGCUGAUACCGGAGGAGUCUGAAGAUAUGUGGCACACGUACAAUCUGAUAACGGAAGGUGAUAGUGUACGAAGCACAACAAUACGAAAGGUGCAAAAUGAAAGUGCCACAGGAUCUUCAACCAGUAGUAGGAUACGUACAACGCUUACUAUCAAUGUUGAAUCUAUUGAUUUUGACACGCAGGCGUGUGUUCUACGUCUCAAAGGUCGGAAUAUAGAAGAAAAUCAAUAUGUGAAGAUGGGCGCAUAUCACACUCUGGAUCUCGAACUAAAUAGAAAAUUCGAGCUACGCAAGCCGGAAUGGGAUUCAAUUGCAUUAGAACGUAUUGAUAUGGCUUGCGAUCCUGCACAGUCGGCUGAUGUUGCUGCUGUGGUUAUGCAGGAAGGCCUUGCUAAUGUUUGUUUGAUCACAGCUAGUAUGACGCUAGUGCGUAGCAAAAUAGAAUUAUCUAUACCACGUAAAAGGAAGGGUAAUGUGCAACAGCAUGAAAAAGGCCUGGUAAAAUUUUACGAAUGUGUACUGCAAGGCAUACUGAGGCAUGUCAAUUUCGAUGUGGUUAAAUGUGUAUUGAUCGCUUCUCCAGGAUUCGUGCGUGAUCAAUUUUUUGAGUACAUGAUACAACAAGCAGUAAAACUUGACUUAAAAGUAAUAUUAGAGAACAAAAGUAAAUUUAUGCUGGUACAUUCGUCCUCAGGCUUUAAACAUUCGCUCAAAGAAGUACUACAAAAUCCGGCAGUUAUUAACAAAAUGUCAGAUACAAAAGCGGCAGGCGAAGUGAGGGCGUUAGAGCAAUUCUAUACAAUGCUGCAAUGCGAACCCGCCAAGGCUUUUUAUGGCAAAAAACAUGUAUCAGCUGCAGUGGAGGCUAUGGCUGUAGAAACAUUACUUAUAUCAGAUAAUUUAUUCAGAUGUCAAAACGUAAAUCUCAGGAAAGAAUAUGUCAACUUAGUAGAAUCGGUUCGUGACGCCGGUGGAGAAGCAAAAAUUUUUUCGAGCAUGCAUAUAUCCGGCGAACAACUAGCACAGCUUACUGGUAUUGCUGCUAUACUAAGAUUUCCAAUGCCUGAACUGGAAGAUAGUGACGCAGACGAUGAUUCCGAUUCUGACUGAUUCAAUAAUCAGUGUUUUACGUAGCUGGGCUUCUUACUACAGUUUUAAGUCUGGAACAACAUAACAAAAAAAUUAUAUAUAUAAUUACAUACAUAUAUAUUAUAUAUAUACA